AUGACAUCGCAAUCAAGAAAGUCUGCUGCGCUUCCUGUGCUUCUCUCAGGCGCCCACAACAACACCAAGACGCCAACAACUACUCAUCCAUCAACAACCACUAAGAGACAAACCACCACUCAGGCGCCCACAACAACCACUCAGUCGCCAACAACCACUCAAGCGCUAGCAACCACAAAGAGGCCCACUACAACCACUCAGCGCCCACAACCACUCAGGCGCCAAACCACUCAGGCGCCAACAACCACACAAGCGCUAGCAACCACAAAUACGCCCACAACAACCACUCAGACGCUCACAACUCAGGCGCCAACAACCACUCAGGCGCUAACAACCACUGAGUCGCCCACAACAACCACUCAGGCGCCAACAACCACUCAGGCUCCAACAACCACACAGGCGCUAACAACCACUUAG